CACGUGGUCAUGGUCCCCACUAUCAAUUCAAACAUGAAUUUAAAGCCUCCUUCUUCUGCUUUCUCUUUUUCAUGCCCUCCACUGAAAAACAUAAACCUGUCCAUAGAAUUCCGCGAAAUCAAAUUCAUGGAAACCAAAUCCAAACCCAAAAUUCAAAUCCCAAACAACAUGAAACGAUCAUCCUCUUCCAAUUCCGAUUCACACUUCGAGUCCCCCCACUCCCCUCUCCGACUCAAUUCGCCGCUCCCUUCCGACCAGGGCGAUCCCCAUGAGUCUCCUCCCUUCGUCUCCCCGAUGAACUCCCCGGGAAAGUCUCCACCGAUGGAUAACUCCAUGGCUAUCGUCGCAGUUGAUAAGUUUCCGAAGCCAUCCCCGCUCCCGCAGGAAAAUGCUGCGUAUCCUCAGGCGCCGGCGAUGACGUUUAACAGGGCGGUGAGAGAAGAGGGGCCUCCAGUCGUGGGAAAGGUCAGGCCUGAGGGGAGAUCGGCGGUGGUGGAGCCUUGGAAAUCAAGGAGAGAGGAUAUGAUGAAGGUCGCUGAGUUAGGGUUUAGAAUUAGUGAGUUUGUCUUGUGCUUGAUUUCGUUCUCGGUAAUGGCAGCUGACAAGACUCAGGGGUGGAGUGGUGAUUCCUAUGAUCGAUAUAGAGAAUACAGGUAUUGCUUGUCUGUGAAUGUUAUUGCAUUUGUAUAUUCAGGAUUCCAAGCUUAUGAUCUGGGCUACCAUCUGGUCACAGGCAAACAUGUGAUCCGCCACCACCUACGCCGUAAUUUUAAUUUCUUUAUGGAUCAGAUAUUGGCAUAUCUUCUGAUAUCAGCUGCUUCAUCAGCAGCCACCCGGGUCGAUGACUGGCAAUCUAAUUGGGGCAAAGAUGAGUUUACAGAGAUGGCUAGUGCUUCAGUUGCGAUGGCCUUCCUAGCUUUUAUUGCCUUUGCUGUUAGCUCGCUCAUUUCUGGUUACAACCUAUACAAGAAUAGCUGAUCUCGGAGGCAGUUUCAUACUGUAUCAAAUAAUGGUGUGGGGAAAGGAAUUAAGAAAAUGCCAAUUUCCAAUCAUUUUUCUUACGCUGUACAGAGACAGACAGCCAUUUUUUUUCAACCUUUUUUCUCCUCUCCUUUUCUCCCUCCCUUUCAGCAAUAGAGAAAAAUUGAACAUUUGGAAUGUAUAUGAAGCCACGCUACCAAGCCAUCAAUAACAGAGUAUGUUAGCAGGUAUUUAACAUGAAUAAGAAGGCAUUCUUCUUUGAUCAUC